GGACGACGGCCCAUUGCCUCUCUAGACUCCUCUCUGGUGGCUACGUCGUUGCAGGAUUCUUCCAUUAUGCCAAUGGCUCUCGACAGUGCAGAUGAGGCUAGCAGCUUGCAGUCUCGCACUCGCAAUGCUCGCACCCGCGCCCAGCAAUGGAUGACCAAGGGAGGUCUAAUUCGAGAUGAUUCCGAUGAUGAGCUAGGCCACGAAGACCAUCCCUGGGAAUGGGUAUAUGAUACUGAAUUGGAAGACACUAGCAAGCCUGGAACUGUGGGGGAGGCACCCGAGGAUACACCGAAAUCAAGCAGGAGACGUUCGUCCCGCCCUACUAGCCGAGCCCGAAAGAACAUCAUCGGAGCCCGAAUGGGUUCUUUCGAGUGCAAAUUAGGUCAGGUUGUAUUGCUUAAAUCCCCAGAGCCUGGGAAGGACUGGGUGGGGAUCAUCACUGAAUUCGUGGAGGAAGAGAAGGACGGGGAUGAGGAUGAGGGGGUCCUCAAGUCCGCGAAUAUUAUGUGGUUUGCUUCACCAGACGAGUUUAUGUCGACAAGGAAUAAGCGCAGAGCCGAUGCUUUGCCAAACGAGCAAUACUUGACAGCUGACUUCAAUGUUAACCCGCUGACCUCAAUUAGCGGGAAAGCUCGAGUAAUGUCCAAGGAUGCUUUCUUUGCACAAUACCCCAACGGAGCUCCCCCAAAGACAAAAGAGGCUUUGGCUGAAUACAACAAAUGCAUCGUUUGUCGCAGGGGUGUCAACCAGCUUCAGGGACGAUAUACGGAGGAGUUUAUCUGGGAAGAUGUAUAUCGGGAGGAUCGAAUGUUCGAUCUGAUUGAUAUGAUUAAGGACCAGUUAAAGGCAGCUAAAAAGCGCAAGCAAAUUGACACUGAUUAUGUUGAAACAAAAGAACAGGAUGUACCAAGUACUCCCAGAAAGAAACAAAAAGUAGCCUCGAUGAACAUUACACCACAAUCACGCCGUCAGAAAGCAAUGACCACGCCGUCUCAUAAAAGAAUUAUUAUCAAGAAGCCUCUAGAGUUCACUCCUCUCGGUACCCGCGUGCUUUCUCCUUCCCAUUUUGCAUCCCCCUAUCGCCAGGCACGCAAUCUUCUCCAUGUUUCUACCGUUCCCACAUCACUUCCGUGCCGAAAAGCAGAAUUCGACACUGUCUAUAGUCAUCUCAGUGCAGCCAUUAUGGAAGGGACCGGAACUUGUAUCUAUAUUUCUGGGACACCUGGUACUGGAAAGACUGCCACUGUCCGUGAGGUUGUUGCCCAGUUGAAUGCUGCUGUUCUCGCUGAAGAGAUGGACGACUUUAUAUUCGUCGAAAUCAACGGCAUGAAAGUCACUGAUCCCCAUCAAUCCUACUCUCUGCUCUGGGAAGCCCUAAAGGGCGAUCGCGUCUCACCUUCCCACGCUCUCGACCUUCUUGAGCGAGAAUUUUCCCAUCCUUCGCCCCGACGAGUCUCAUGUGUUGUUCUCAUGGACGAACUUGAUCAACUGGUCACGAAAAACCAGUCCGUCAUGUAUAACUUCUUCAAUUGGCCCGCCCUUCGCCAUUCUCGACUCGUCGUUCUUGCCGUCGCAAACACCAUGGAUCUACCAGAACGAACUCUGAGCAAUAAGAUUUCAAGUCGUCUUGGCUUGACACGUAUCACCUUCCCAGGGUACAAGCACACCGAUCUGAUGGAAAUUAUCACCACUCGCCUAGCAAAUGUCCCAGGAAACAUUGUCGACCCUGAUGCAAUCCAAUUUGCCAGCCGCAAGGUCGCCGCCGUCAGUGGUGAUGCCCGCCGCGCCCUCGACAUUUGUCGACGAGCAGUCGAGAUCGCAGAACAGGCCAAUGAAGCAGACGCGGAUGCUGCAGAUGCCGAUGAUACAGAGUCGCCACCACCAACGCCCAGCAAAACCCCCGCACGGAAAGAACGAGCUGCUGGCAAGAAGGCCUUGUGCCAUGAUAAACUAGAAUCCCCACAGAAAAACGGCAUUCAGAAGCAACUACCUGGACGCGUAACAAUUGCAACAAUCAAACAAGCCAUUCAAGAGGCAACCUCCACGCCCCUCCAGCAAUCCCUUCGCUGUCUUCCCUUGUCUGCUAAGCUUUUCUUAGCAGCUCUCCUAGCCCGUGUUCGUCGAACAGGCAUAAACGAAUCUACAUUUGGCGAUAUCGUAGACGAAGCCAAGCGCAUUGCAGAUGCCGCGGUAGCUGUUGCAGGUGCUGCGGGCACGGGAAUCAGAGAGUUCUUGCUUCCAGCGGGUAAUGGAGCUCGUGUGAAGGCGCUAGGAUUCGCCGCGAUGGAGCUCAUGAACUCGGGAGUUCUCGCCCUGGAGACAGGCUCGGGAUUCAGGGGGCCCUUGGGAAGCGCUGCUAUCCCAAGCCGAGGUGACCGCAGCGGGAAAGUGAGACUCAGGGUUGCGGCGGAGGACGUCAGGGCCGCGUUCCGCGAGGAUGUGGAGGCAAAGGGGUUGGGGCUGGGUAUCGAUGUGUGAGUCUGAUAUGAUGCCCACAACUGUCGAAGUUAAGUAAGACUAGUCAUUAUAUAUGUGAAGCAUAGCUUUUGGCGUUUCGGGUCAUGGAUUAAUUUAGAUGUACACUACUCAGAACUAAAUGAUGAUACCCUUUUUGUGUUUCCCAACACUGUGCCCAUUGAGUAUGUAUCUAGAUUGAAGAGAAUCUUUUUGCGUUGCCAAAUGUUUGUAUG